AUGUCGCUUCCAAUUCUUCCCAAUCCGUCCAACUUCCUGGGCGUCGCACUGGUCAUCAAUCGAUCACGCGAUGGCCCCAGAUUCGUCUUUCACUAUCCCCCGCGCAUACAGCCCGCCUCUGACCGUUACAGAGACUAUGGCGAUGAAGGCAACGAUGAGGACGAUGUCCUGCUUGAGAGAUCAGCGCGGCCGUCGGCUCUCGAGACCACCAACGGCUCGGAGAGCAAUCCGUCUCCUCUACUUCAUAAGAACCCAGAUGAGCAUCAUGUCACCGAGAGCGGAACCCAGAUCGUUCCUUGGGAGCAUGUGGCAGGGUUCCCGACCAAGGAUCUGGAGAGCAUCCUAACCCCAGGGAGGGCUUAUCAUAAGGGAUUGUUCCAGAUCUCGCUGGAUCCUCUCAUAUGUGUCUCGUAUCCCAUCUAUGCCCCAGAGAACGGCAUCUGGAAAAAGAAGAGCAAGAAGAAAAAGAAGAAGUCGAAAACGUCAAGGAAAGGCGAAGAGGAAGUCGCCCCAGACAUUGAGCCUCGUGAUGAUGCGCCAGCGCCCACCGAAGAAGACCAUGUCGAAGUCAGAGACAUGGCCGCACCGCCGCCUUCAAAAGUGCCCGCAGCAGAAGAAGCGGAGGACAAGGUCAGCUCCAUGACCAUGUUCAAUCUAGUGUUCAUCUUGAACCCCCAAAAGCACGAGGCCAAGGAGAUGGUCGAGUUAAUGUAUUCAAACAUUGUGCGCAAGGUCAACAAGGCAUAUAAGUAUGUUCAACAGCGAAGCGAUUUUGUAUGGAAAGAGUCUAAGAGAAUUCUGACCCUAAAAGACAAGGCGCGCGAGGACAAACGAAAGAUGAGCCUUCUGUGGGAAGAAAUUCUUCAGACAUCGUCGCUAGCAGCGUCCAUGCAAGAUCUCUAUGAUUGUAUAUCAACCAACAAAAUCGCUACCCUACAGCUAGACACCGCGGAGGGUGCCAUAACCCACUCGGUGCAAAUUCCAGUGCCAUUCCAUAUUCCAGACUUAAUUCCUGACGGCGAGGAUAAUUUCCGUGGCGUGUGGAUCACGACUGCAAAUUCCUUUACUGCCGAGGACGGCUUCGACGAGUCCGGCUAUCUCGAGAAAAACUUCGCACUGCUGCUCAUGGACGAUGAGAAGAAGAUCAUCUCAGAGCUGCAAGCGGACCCAGACGAGUCGACGCUGUCUAUGAUCGAGUUCGUGCGGCACUCCAAACCAACUAUGUCCUUUCACCAAGUAGGGCAGCAGUCCAGCAAUAUUUUGACCAUCAGCCAUGUGCGCAAGUACGCACAGCACUUUAUCUUCUGGCGGCGGGCCAUCGCCAUACCGCCUCUUCACGCCAGAGACAUCUACAUACUGUCCCCCAACGCCGAUAUGCGUCAGCUACCGGGUGCGAGUGCAGUAUGGGCUCGACAGUUCCCUUUUGCUCCGCCCCUGCCCAACUUUCUCGCAGAUCUGAGCGCUGCUCCGCGGCUGUACAAGACAUUUAGUCCAGGCAAAAGCUACCGGCCCGCCUAUCUCACCAUGCUCGCUUGGCUGAUGCGUGGUGGCUGGGUCACGCAGCUGUGUACAUUUGCAUAUGUCGUUGUCUGGCCCGAGAUCAUCUACGAGGUCGACUACGAGGUCGAAGCGGCAGACGUCGCCAAGAUGAGAGAGACAAAGGACGACGUAACCGAGAAGCACGAGAAUAGCUCCCCUGAGAAGGGAAGCAGCAGUGAAAACCUGGCCUCGUCUACAGCCACCAUCCUCCCUAUAGGGUCUUCAAGCGGCGCUGGCCUCGGUCUUGGGAUCGGUGGUUUGCAGAUAUCAGACGACGAGACACAGUCGUCCCCCGUCUCCCAAGUAUCAUCAUCGUCCCCGUCCUCGUCGUUCAAGUCUGCCCCAGACUCCAAUGAUUCCCAGUCGCACCCACACCACGAACACCACCAUCACCCCCCCCCCACCGCGGCCGAGCAGGCGGCCGAAAAGGCCCGGCUCGAGCGCAUCGCAGACAAGGCAGCACGCGAGCUGGCCGACAAGGCAACGGCGCACAACCGCAAGGUGCCGCCCAAGCAGACGGCACACCCGUCCGUCAACGACGCGCCGCACCUGGCGCACAUCUCGCCACACAUCAUCCUCGACCCCAAGCAGGCGACGGGCAUCGAGUCGACGUACCUGCACAAGAUCGCCGAGCGGCUGCGGCAGCAGCGUGCCAAGCCGCCGACAUCGAGCAAGAAGGACGGCGGCGGGGCCGAGAGGAGGGACACGGCCACGGCGACUCGGGAGUGGGACGCGCGCGUGGCUACCGCCUGGCCGCUGUUUUGGAAGUAUUUCAACGGGCGCUCGGCGCUGGAGCGCAUUGCGCUGCAGGAGGAAAUGAAACGCAAGGAUGUAUGGAACUUGCUUACUGCCAUGAGCGAGUAUCUAAUAUGUGUGCGGCACUGGUGA